AUGCGGAAAGACUCAUAUUUGCCUCUCUUUGCAGAUGCACCUACUAUUUUGCAAGCACAUCAAAAAGAUGAACAAGUAGAAUCAAUUCUUACUCUAAAGAUUAGAGAAGUUCUACGUUUGAUUAAGGGUCAACUUUUUAUAAAUCUGCAUCCUAAUGAAAUUGCUUUAUUUGGUAAAUUAUUAUAUUUAUCGAUUACUACAUUGCGGGGAAAGCGAACACUUGGUGAAGAAUAUACCGACUUGUUCAUCGUUAAUCGCAAAGGUACCAAUUUUGUAAAAAGGUAUAAAAGAUUAUUAUUUGUUUUGUCCUACCUUUUGGGACCCUAUCUAUUGUCAAAGAUCAGUAAUGCUUUGAAAUAUCUAAAGGUUAAAUGGAAUCUGGCAGCAGAGAAGCGCAGUAAUGAUGAAUCUAAGACACCACAGGAUGAAGAACCACAUGUUGAUACAAUUUCUCAAUAUUUUGAUGGUCUUAAUCGAAUAGCAAAUUUGCAUCUUUUAUUAUUCUAUUUUACAGGUGCAUAUUAUGACUUAAAUCGAAGAUUAUUUGGUCUAAGGUAUGCAAUUUCUCAUAAACUUGAUAACAGUGAGUUGGAGAUUAGAAGGGCUAAUUCUAAAAGCUACAGAAUUUUAGGGUAUAUUUUAUCUAUGCAACUGGCGAUAAAGGGGCUUCCGUAUUUUAAAGCAUUUUACAAAACUCUAAUAUAUGACGAUAAUCCAAUUUCAUUAAAUAAGGUGACAACCAAGAAUGUCAAAUACAAUAAUGAAAAAAUUGAUUUAAAGAAUCCAAAAAUAUUACCAUACAUACCCGAAGAAUCAAGAAAAUGUAUUUUAUGUAUGAGUUUUAUGAUUAAUCCAAGCUGUGCGCCAUGUGGUCAUAUAUAUUGUUGGAAUUGUUUGAUAAAUUGGUGCAAAGAGAAAGAAGAAUGUCCCUUGUGUAGACAAAAAUGUGAUUUACAAGAAAUUCUACCUCUUCGAUAA